AUGGAUGACACAAAAGUGUUCCAGUGUGACGUGUGCCAGAAAUCUUUCGCGUUUAAGGCUAACUUGACCAGGCACAUGCUGACCCAUGAUGAGGCCAGGGUGAAGCCACAUAGAUGCCUGCAUUGUCCGAAAACAUUUUCACAGAAAGGGCAUUUGGAAAGACACACUAGGCAGCACCUCUACCCAGUCAUCCCCAUGUACAAGCCAGGAUUUGAUAGGCAAUACUGCAGUGCAGUAAACCAAUGGAUCCUGUGUGGUCUGAGCCUGAAACUGCAGAGGCUGCAGCAAGAUUGGCUGUGGUCAAAACUACAAGUGGCUUUGGAGAACGAUGUUGGCUGGUAUGUGUGUGUGGAUGAUGUCAGAGUUCUAUCUGAAAGGAGAAAACAACGAAAAAAUAAAGCGGCAAAAACAGGAACUGGUAAAGCUAUUCCCAGCAGUCUAUGUGCAUUUAGAGAGAUAGUUGCAGAAAUCAAGAGAGAAAAAAAGGAAGCUGACAAAGAGCUAAGGUUGAAGAGAGAGAUGGAACAAGACCCUGGAUAUGUCGAGGAUUCCAUACUGUUGACACAAGACAUCACUUCACCUUCAAUAGUCCCUUCUGAUGAAGCAUCAGGUUCUGUUGUUUUAGAAGGCUGGCAGAAGUCUUGGAGUGAUCAGGCGGAGGGCAUCAUGGCAGCCAACAUCAAGUGGUUGAGAGACAGUGAUGAGUGCGGACUUUUUUACAUGGGAAAGGAGCACAGUACUGCCAAAGGAUGUCCAUAUGUCCAUACCUCGAGCAGUCCCCCUGACAGUGCCAGUGCAUCAUCCCAGCCUAGCAUAGUUUCAUUCUUAAAAACUCCAGGUAGCUACACUCCACCACUCCCCCCUACUCCAGUGCCAUCUGCUCGGGUGUUACGACGUGCACACAUGCUGAGUGAAAUGGAGAAGAUGCCAGUCUACAGGGAAUCCAUCCUCAGUGUAACUGGAGAAAUCCUUUGUAUAGAUGGCACAAGACAGGACCCACCUGGUAUAGCAUUAUACGUAGCCACUAAGACGGUCACCAUCAAUGGUGUAGCCCUGCAAAAGUACAGGUGUCAUAGGGGAAGCAACUCUCUGGAAGGUCUGCAUGCCCACCUAUUUAGAGCUGUUCCUUCUCAAAAAUGUGGUAUCAUGCCAUUCCAGGUGUACCUCAUCUCCUUUGCUGUCCAAUGGAACAACAGAAUGGAGUCUCUGCGUGUUGCUGGAGGUCGGGGACGUUUGUCAUCCUGCUCAGAUCCAAGACAGAUUCAGCUUCUGAAUCAGCAGUCUGAGGUUUUGUUUGGCAGGCGUCACCUAUUUGAGCCUAAUUUUACUGCUCCACUGCCAUGUCCAGUAGAGUAUCAGGAUCCUGAAGAAAGAGAACUCUUAGGAGUAGAGUAUGCUUUUUGCCAGUCUACUGAUUUUACAUCCAGAGAAUAUUAUAUUCAAAAGGUGGAUGAAGAGCAGUCAAAGGAGGAUGGUGAAGAGGAGGAGGAGCAGGAGACUCAAUCUGACCAAGAAGAUGGGGGAUUGAAGAAGACUCCAUGGAGGAUCCAGUGGAUGAAGCCAAUACCAAGUACUCUGUUUUCACAACAUCUGAACAAGUAGGAGAAAUCUCCAGUCCUGCACUA